AUGGAGCUGAAGCCCGGCUUGUCCGCUCUGGUCACCGGAGGCGCUUCCGGAAUUGGUAAUUCGACGGCUUCCCAUCCCGAAGCACUGUUCAUUGACUUCUUCUCGUCACACCUUAUUCUAUCGUCGAGCGGAGCUGGUCGGUGCCUGGAAUUUUCCUCUUUUUAAUCGCUUCGGCUACGUAGCAGCAGAGAUGUUACGAGCAAUCGACUGUGGAGCACAGAAUUAAGCCAAACGUUCAACCUCUUUUAACAUAUCUCGUAUAGCAUCCGUUGAGAAAAUUCUGCUUUCUAGUUAUAAAUCUGAUGAUCACGGUUUCUUCCGAGAAAUGUAUUUAUAACGCAUUCGUGUGAUCGACGAUUCUGCCUCCAUGAAUUAUUCUGAUGGGCCUUUUAAGAUACGGAUAUUAUUUUUAAAAGAGGUUAGGCGAAUGUAUAAUUCCCUUUUAUUUUAUUUUCUUUGUACUCGCGGAAGCACCGGAGUGAAAUAAUUUUUAGCUGCAGGAAUGUCCCCUAUUUAUUCUGCACCGAGAACGACAUAUUUUUUCGUGUUUUUUGAAAUAUAGGAAGGGCACUCUGCUUGGCACUUGGAAAGAAGGGCGUUUCCGUGACAAUCGUUGACUUUUCUGAAGAAAGGGGUAAAGAAGUUGCGCUGUUGGUAGAAAAAGAGAACAAAGUUUUCCAUCAAGAUGAAAAAUCUCCUUCAUCACUAUUUAUUAAGUGUGACGUUACCAAUUCAAGUAAGUGGGCUAUUCUUCAUCUACAGAGUUCAUGCUAUCUCCUAGAUGUUGCUGCAAAUUAUAGUAAUAUGGGAAUAUUUCUAUCCGACUUCUUGAAGUUUAAUAAAUUUAAAAUUAGUGUUGAGUAUUCGACAAUCGUUCUUUCUAAUCAUCCUCGAAAUAUUAACUUUUUAUUUUUAUCAAUAUAUAUAUAUAAUUAUAAUUAUCAUAAGUAGCAUAAAUAUGGUGUUGAAUUGAUUUUACCAGCCGAAGAAAAAUAGCGCAGUGACAAUAUGACAAUAAUGCGAUAUUCAAUCCUGAUGAAUUUGAUGUCAUCUUUCUGUUUGUAAGAUUAUAAGAAUAAAUGAAUAACAUAAAGAUGAAAUCUACACCAGAUUUUACAAUAAAUAACAACUUGCGUUCAGAAGAGUUACCUGUUCAACCUCAUUUGUUUUACAGUCUUCUCGAAAACAUGUUGAGUUUUCUUUUAAUUAAUAGGGAUGUAAAAGAAGGAAGUUAUUGUUUCAUCUGCUUGUAUCUAAACAGCACUUCGUUUGUGCUCCUAAUCAAUGACGAGUAAAAAAAAAAGUAACCUGAACUUUGGGAAAUAUAUUUCAUUUAAAUGCAGUAUUUUUCCAUAUUAAUGAAUUCGAGUAACUAUUGCUGGGCAAAUCGUAUCUUUUUUUCUGAGCAGUUCUCAUAUUAUCUAGUUUAUUAUUUAUAGGGGAAAUGGCUGCCGCAUUUGAUAAACAUUUGGAGGCAUUUGGGGGGUUAGACAUUUGCAUCAAUAGUGCUGGGAUUGCAAGUCAGGCUCCAUUUUGGAAUGAUGAAACUGAAGGGAAAGGUUCAUGGAGGCAUGUUAUUGAAGUUGAUUUUCUUGCAGUUGUUAAUUGCACACGCCUUGCGGUAUGCUUUAAAUAGAAAUUUAUUAACCAGGACGAUUGCCCUCUUUCUUUUCUUGAACUCAUAUUUUUUCUUACGAUUUUUUUCUUGAAUUUCACUGUAUAUAUAUUUUUUUCCUUUUUUAUUUUUUGGCCAACGAGAAUUUGAAUUAAGGUAACUCAUAAGCUUUUUAGCUACUGUAAUGGCUCAUGUUCUGUGAUUUGCAACAGUCGCCUGCUUUACUUGGUCUUCUUUUGGAAGUAAGCGUUGAGUUUUGUGAAAUUCUACGUAGCUUUGAGUCAACAUGUGCCACUGUGAACAUUCCUAAACGUAAGAGUGUAGUGGGGAUUAUAGUUUAUCUCUACUGUUCUUACAUAGAUUUACUUUCUCAUCUGUGAAUAUGGGCCAUUCAUAUGCACCUAAUUUGAGAUACUUGUGCUAGCUUCGUCAAAUCAAGAUAUUGUGAAUCGUCAUUCCUCUUAUAAAUGAGACAGCAAAGCUGACAUUGCUUUAUUUUUUGGUCGGAUUCCUUUUCUGAGGAAUAACACUUGUUAUGCUGUAUAUACGACGUACAUGGUGAUGUAUUUUGGUUGCCAUCUUAAGAUCAUAUUCAAUCUAUUAGUCCUGUUGGUUUAGCUGACUCAGAAAACUAUCUGGUUUUUAUGAGGUUAAACUACUGUUCAAGCAAACAUCACAAUCGUCGAACUAUAAACUACAAGAAUUAAAACAAGCAGGAUAUCUGAGGGCAGAGUACAAUGAACCUCCCCUUCCCUUUAUGCGGUCCUCGUUGCAUUGAUCAUUGAUGUUGUUGCUUCUUGCUCUUGAGAAGAGUAAGUUGCAAAGGGAAACAAGAAUGGUGAGGGGUUGAGGCUGGCUGGCAUCAUGCAUGCAUUGUUUCUCCAUAGAGACAUUGUUAUCGACAGUGACCAUCGUGACCGCGUGGGAGGGGGGAUAAGACUCGGUUCCUAGUGGCGGCAUUUUCUCUGCAGCUGAUGUAGUAACAUUGUAAAAACCACUGAUUCUGGGGCUGGUAAGCUUCAUUUUCCCAAGAGAUUGCAAUUCGAGUGGGUAUUAUUUCUCAGUAGGGGAUAAAAGGAAGAAUAUUGAAUACGCUACUGAGUUGGACGAAUCAAAUACUGGCAAGCCAAGAAUAGAACUUGUCAGAUCAGCCUUGUUUCUUCCAGGUCCUAUCAUGGAAAUGCUUUAUAAGAUAUUUAAAUACUAAAUCAGUCUGUAAGUUGGCAAACAGUGACUUAGAAUUGGUCAAUAGAAGCUAGGAACUUGUUGGAACUGGGCAGGUACACCGACUGUUAGAGCAGACCCCUCCAACUUUUACUUCAACUUUCCUAUUUUUUUGAGAAGUCAUCGGAGAAAAGGUUUAAGAUUACUGGAACCGGUCAUUGUUGGGCUGUAAUUGUAUUAGAAGCAGCAAUGGCUGUUCUAGUUCUGAUUUCAUGUGUUAGUUCUUAGAAAAAUUGUGGUGGACAAUCUUUGCUGGAGUUCUAUCUCACAGGCCGAAUGGAGGGUCCUUGUGUUCUUGUCCCCUGUGAACCUUUAAUCCUUCCUGCCGUCAAUCUCCAACGGGGAUGGUUCGUUGCUGAUUUAAAUAGUACGUCAGCAAGCUUCAUGUGUCGAUCCCAUUAAUAGAAAGGAGGCAGGGCGAUGAAACCCCGUACAGUACAGUUAAAGUCAGCGGGUGUGUAAGCUCAGCCUAGUUUUCUCAAGUUACCAUUGGGUUAUUUACAUAAUUCUACUUUGGAGACUCUCCAGUAGUCUAUCUGGCUUAAGUGUCUACACAUGCGUUUUAUUUUUUUUAGUGGAAUUCCUAUAAUUUGAUGUUAGGCCGCAACCAUGCAUAGGGGCUGUUUGUGCAAAAAUGAACCUCAUGGGCCGCAGUCAGAUGUUUUUGCGAUCAUCUAAUGUUCUCGAGAAACCAAGCUGUGUUCAGCUACCGAUGUGAAUAUGACAUCCCAGCCAUCUUGGGAUGCCUUGAAGGGUUGUACUGAGAUGUCACCAGGGUGAGGGAUAUGUGAAAACUUGAAAACUUGAAAACUUCAUGUUUAUUUUAUUUAUUCUACUUCGGAAAACAUUAUCUUUAUGAUUUCUUUUCACCUGUUAAUUUUUUGUCAGUUUUUUUACCAGUGGUUUUUUAUACCAUGAUUUUACUCCAUGUAGAUCCGAGCAAUGCAGUCCAUGAAGAAACAUGGCGUAAUAAUCAAUCUUGCCUCAGCUGCUGGUCUCUAUCCACUUUAUGUUGAUCCGAUCUAUACGGGUUCAAAAGGUAUGUGUUACGCAGAACAAGUCUUCUAUAUUAGGCUUUUCUUAUAUUUUUGCCUUUCUGUUCUCUUGUUAGGUGUAUUUCCCCAUCAUUAGACCUUUCCAUAAAUACUAGAAAGGUCCAUUAUAUGCCAAUAUAAAUACUGGCGUACAGCCCUAAUGAGGGCUAAGUCAGUUUUACCUUUUACUACUUCCACUGUAUCUCGAAACACGGUAUCAAAGCUUUCCUUCUGAUCCUAUGUGAGACCGCCGAUGGAAGAUCAACCAACUUUGGUGGCGACAAUGACUCUGUGUAGUAGGCAAUGUCGCCCGGUGAUCUUCUUCCUGUCUGCAGCACCUGAGAUCAAUUGUGAGGUUCCUUGGUCAUAAGCAGAUCGGCGGAUUCUUUGGUCAUAAGCAGUCUUUGGAGACCGGCGGAUUUUCUUGAUGGUGGUGGUCGUAUGCAAGUAUACCAUCAUCGUUUCUUGACAGUGGCGGUUGUCCUCAGGUACACCAUUGUCGUUUCUUGACAGUGGUGAUCAUCUGUGUCUUGAUAUGUGUCUUUGAUCCCAAUUUCUUGAAUAGAAAUUGUUCUUAAUACUCAAUCUACAGAAAACUGAGUACUACAUCAGGGAGCCUCUUUUUGAGAAUAUUUCUCAAGGGAUAUUGGAUCACGACUGCAGAAUAUGGAGACAAAGGUUAUUGAAUCCUCCUCCUUUGGCCCAAGACACUCAGUUGGGGUAAUCAAGGUAUGUGUAGAUCUACCUAAAAUUGCUGAGAGAUUCCAAUUUGACGGAAUAAAUUGGACAUCUUUUAUGGAACUUAUUCUAUGCGGGAGGAACUUGGAUCAUCAUCUGAUGCAAUCUGUUCCAAGUAUAUAUGAGACAAGGUAUAUGUAGUCUAUAUUUGAAAUUUGUGAAGGAAUUAUGAGACAAGGUUCAUCGUGGCCACUACACUAAACAUGAUGAAUCACAAAUUUAUCGUUUGGUGUAAAGAUCUCUUAGUUUGGUACAGGGAACAUUGACUGUUCUGGAGUAUGCCUAAGAAUUAGAACCUAUUUGGAGAGAAAUUGAUCAUUAUAGACUGAUUAAGAAUCCUAAUGCUGAAGAGUGAAAGUACAUCAUGAAAGACAAGCUAUAUAAAUUUUUGAUGUGUCUAAAUUUAGAUUAUGGACUCUAGUAAAUCAGAUCUUUGCUCAGAAGGUGGUACCUGACAUUGAAGAGGCAAUUGUAUUAGCCAAACAAGAAGAAAGCGUGAGAAAUCUGAGGAAUGAUUUUAAGACAAAAUGUUGCAUUCAACAUCCUUAAGAAUAAAGAUACCUCUGUGCUUAAAAAGGGGGAUGGUAAAGCACCAUUUAUCAAAGGAGAUCCCAAGACUGAUCCAAAGGCACAUCUAUUCUGUAUUCGUUGUCGAAAGACUCAUCAUAUCAAGGAAAUCUAUUGAAAAAUUCACAGCAAAUCACACAAUUAUGGAAAGCUGCAUUUGGUUAAUGUCCAAAGUGAGGAUAGUGUUGAGCCAGUGAUACAAGGACGAGCUAGUCAAGACAGAUCUACCUCUUCUCAGCCUUUGGAGAUUGGAAAACUCAGAGAAGAAAUUGAAUAGUUGAGGAGCAUAAUCAAUUCCACUUCUCUUGUGCACACUAGUAAGCAUUCUUCUAAGCAUUUUCUAUUAUGCUUAACUACAUCAUCACUAGCAUCACCAUCAUCUUUGAAAGUAUCCUAGAUAAUUGAUUCUAGAGCCACUGGUCAUAUUACUCCAUAUGCAUCACUAUUCAUAACACAUGAGGUCUGUACCAAUAAAUGAAAGGUUGUCACUGCAAGUGGAAAUAUUUAACCUAUAUUUGGCAUCAGAUUGAUUCAUCUUAAAGAAUUGAGGACAUUAAAAUAUGUUCUUCAUGUUCUGAGAUUGAAUGCACAUCUAUUAUCAUUGAGAAAAUUGAGUAAAGACCUAAGUUGUCUGAUAUUAUUUGACGACGACUUGUGUUUCUUCUAUGACAAGAACUCAAGUUGGAGAUAUUAGAUAAUGGGAUGGACUCUACUACUCUAGACACAUGGACAAGAUGUUAUGGACAAGAUGUUGUUGACAAAUUGCUGUUGACAAAUUGCUGUUUUUACAUUGUCAUUUAGGACAUUCAUCCAUAAAAGUACUUCUACACUUGUUUUCAAAACUAUGUCGUGCAAUUGGUGAAUCUACUUUCAUAUGUGAACCUUAUCAGAUGGCUAAACAGCGAUGAAUUUCAUUACCUUCUACUAGGAAUAAAAGUGAGUCUCCUUUUUAUAGAAUACAUUCUGAUAUAUGGGGUCCUUCUUCUUCUGAUAAUAUUAGGGACUUCAGAUGAUAUAUCAUCUUUGUAGAUAAUUUCACUAGGUUUACAUGGAUUUAUCUUAUAAAAAAUAAAUCAGAAGACAAUAGCAUUAUCUAGAGAUUUAUUAGGUUGGUUCAAAAUCAGCUUAGUGUGACCCUUAAGAAAUUUUGAUUAGACAAUGUUGAAGACUUCUUCAACUCUACUGUCUCCAAUUUCUUUCUUGAGGUCAUUGUCCACGAAUCUUCUUCGCUGAGCAGCAGAAAGGAAGAUUGCUCACUUGUUGGAAAUCACAAGGGCUAUCAUGUUUAAAGCCCAAGUGCUGAAGCACUAAUGGAGUGAAGCAGUACUAACUGCUACUCAUCUUGUUAAUUGUCUCCCAUCAGAAGUUUUAUUAUUUCAGGCUCCCAAAGUGUUAUUGCAGGGUUAUCAUCUCACUGUGCAAUAUGGACCAGAUUUAUCUCUUCGUGUAUUUGGGUUUAUCAUAUACAUCCAUCAAUCGCAGAAUGGUUUGUUUAAGUUUGAUCCCAGAGCAAUAAAAGCAGUCUUUUUUGGCUAAUUUAAUACACAAAAAGGAUACAAAUUUUAUGAUCCAAGGUCUAGGAAAAUUAUUGUGACUAUUAGUGCGACAUUUGAUGAAAGUAAUAUGUAUUUCCAGCAAUAUAACUCAAAAGUCUAGAUGUGACAUGUUUAUACCAGAAUAACAUGAUUUAUAUAUUGAGAUUUUUAAAGAAGAUGAAACUCCUUAGGAUGACAUCAAUCCCAUCCUCACAUGAUACUUCAAUGGAACUACCAACACCUCAAACUCAACCACAUCGAUUUGGUUGAACUCAUUAUCAAAGAAAGCCAAAGGCAAUCAAAUGGAGUAAUGAACAUGAUCUACCCAAUGCAGCAAAUGCCUAAAAUUUGAGGCAGCAUGACGAGCCAAUUGUUGAAUGUGAUAGGUCACUAAUUGAUCAACAUAACCUCCCAUUGCUCAAGAAUGUACAAAGAAGAAGGUAUAUCUCCUGCAACUAUGUAUCUUAUCAUCGUCUGUCUCCACAAUACAGGUCAUUUCUAUCGGCUAUUGAUAGAUACAAUACUCCUCAAAACACUGAUGAAGCUCUAUGAAGCUCACUAUGAAAAAAGGCAAUGAAUGAGGAGAUGAUAGCUCUACAUAAGAAUUAAACUUGGAAAUUUGUGUUGCUUUCCAAGAAGAAAAUCAUGGGUUGCAGAUGGAUAUAUACUGAUGGCUCUGUUGAGCUCUUUAAGGCUCGACUGGUGGCAAAAGGCUUCACCCAAUUAGCUAUGCAUUAUGAUUGGUCCUUAUUACAGUUUGAUGUGAAAAAUGUAUUCUUGCAUGAAGGGCUUUUGAAAGAAAUAUAUAUGGAUCUUCCAUCAGAGUGCAAAGACUCAAAUGAUAUUCCAAAAGUAUGCAGACUUAAGAAGGCAUUAUAUGGCUUAAAAUAGUCACCAAGAUCUUGGUUUGGCUGCUUAACCACAACAAUGAGAGCAUUGGGGUUCAAGCAAGCCAAUGGAGAUCAUGCUUUAUUUUAUAAGUAAUCUAGUUCAGGGAGAGUGGUUAUCUUAUUAGCAUAUGUUGAUGACAUGAUCAUCAUUGAAGAUGAUAUGCAAAAAAUUACUAAUCUUCAAAAACAAUUGAGAACCGGACUUGGUAUCAAAGUGUUGGGACAAUUAAAAUACUUUUUGGGAAUUGAGGAACCUAUUCUCAUAGAAAUUUGUUCAUAUCUUAAAGAAAGUAUAUUACUAAUUUACUCAAGUAUAUGAGCAUGAGUAACUAUAAACCAGUUUGUACUUCAAUUGAAGUGAAACAUUAUAUUGAGACUUCAAAGGAGAGAGAUCAAGUGGAAAAGGGGUCUUAUUAACGGCUGGUGGGAAAAUUAAUUUAUUUAUCCCAUAUUAAAUCAGACAUUGCUUAUUCAGUUGGAGUAGCCAAUAUAUGCAUGAUCCUAGGGAGGUUUAUCAUCAAGUUGCUCAACGAGUCCUAGCCUAUCUUAAAGGAAUAAUUGGCAUGAGAAUCUUGUUAAAAGGGAAGAUUCUCUUACAAUAGGCAUUUAUAAAAUUGUUGAUUAUGCUGGUUCAAUUGAAAAUUGAUGCUCUACUACUAAGUAUUAUUGUAUCAUUGGAGGAAAUUUUGUUACUUGGUGAAGUCAAAAAUAGAGAGUUGUGGCUUGAUCAAGUGCUGAAGCAGAAUUUAGGACUAUAGCCUUUGAGAUUUGUGAAGGCAUGUGGAUAAAGAGUAUACAAAAUGAUUUAUAAAUACAUAUGAAAGGUUCUAUUAUCUUGUUUUGUGACAAUCAGUCUGCAAUAAGUAUUGCACAUGAUUCUGUUCAGAAUAACAAGAUCAAACACAUUGAAGUAGACAUACAUUUUAUUAAAGAGAAACUUGAAUUAGGGAUGUUAUGCACAAAGUAUGUCUCAUCUACAAAUAAAUUAGUUGAUAUAUUGACAAAAGGUAUUUCUGCAAUAGAGUUUUGCAAACAAAGGAACAAGCUGGGUAUAUACACGCACCGGCUUGAGGGGGAGUGUUACGCAGAACAAGCCUUCUAUAUUAGGCUUUUUCUCUAUUUUCGUCUUUCUGUUAUCUUUUUAGUUGUAUUUCCUCCUUUUGUGUUUCCAUCAUUAGACCUUUUCAUAAAUACUGUAAAGGUCCAUUAUACGCCAAUAUAAAUACUGGCGCACAUCCCUAAGGAGGGUUUAAGUCAGUUUUACCUUUCACUGCUUCUGCUGUAUCUCGAAACAGCAUGUCUUGUUAUACCUUGUUUUGUUUAUUUAACAUUAUCAUUGCCAUCAAACAUAUGUAUUUGUAUCUGACUUAGAAAAAUUUCAUUCAUACAAUUUCUUAGAGAUUUUCUGACAGAAAUUGUUUCUCAGGUGGUGUUGUGAUGUUCACAAGAUCACUUAGAUUUUUUAAACGAGAAGGAAUUCGGAUCAAUGUACUCUGCCCUGAGGUAGCAAACUGAAUUGAGAAAUCAUUUCCUUGGGACGGGAAAACAUCACAUUUUGAUGCUUUUUUAUUAAUGCCUGUUGUUUGGUUUUCUUACUUAUAGGACAGUUAGGUUUGAGAACAACUAACCGAGUUUCAUGUUAGUUAUGUGAAUUCCGUUGUUAAUUUUGGAGACUUGUUGGAAUUUAUGAUAUUUUUUUUCAAAUUUCAUAAUUUUUUGGAUUUUAAUUUUUCUCCGAAUACAGAAAUGGGUUAAGUUUCGUUUCAAAUAGUACACUUUUGGUUUAUCUCCGUGAAUCGCUAAAUAUCCCGUUUUUCAUAUAUCAUUGAUUUGUUAGGAAUAUGUAAAAUAAGAAAAGGUUGCUCGGUCUAGGAUAUAUGAUAAAUUUUCGUUUCAUCCUCAUGUCUUAGGAACAGAUUUGGAAUCGUCCUAGUCAUUCAGUUUAUUAUUUUUCAUAUUCUUUUCUUAAUGAAAGCAUAUGUUCUAUUUAGAUAAGUUCCCAAAGAGAAGUCAGAGAAUUAUCUUCCAUGGGUGGCUCCUCUUAUCAAUUAUUUAGAAUAUGGAGUUUUGCUUCUCUUGAGACUAUGUUAGGAGGGACGAUGUGCUGAACUUGACUAGCAUCUCAUGGUCGACCAGCACCCAGGUGAUGAACGUCUGAAUCCUAACCCGAGGUACUUAGGCUAACUUCAUGCCAUCCACGGCUUCUUAAAUGUUACAAUCUGAGAGGGAACCAAAGAAUAAUAAUAAACUAGUUUGAAGAGGAAAAUGAGCCUCUCUAUUUCUUCUUCUUUCUGCCAUUUUCGCUAAGUUCCUAUGGAGCUUAUCUUUUUCUUCCUUAUGUGUUGCUAAAGUAAUUAUUGGAUAAUUGAUAAAAUAUGUGACAUUUAUGUAUAUAAAACCUUAAGGAUCUUAGUUUUAUCCUUUUGUCAAACAAAUGGGCUCAGCCCUGGGCACAGAGACUUUUCCAAAGCCCCCACUCCAGUCCACCCUGCCCAUCUGCACGGAAAGGGUUUGUGGGUGUAGGGAGAAUGUGUGAGACUGUGCCACCUAGAUCGGGUGUCUUUUGGGUCUUCCGAAAUAAACUUUAGUGAAUUUCAGGGUUGGCCAGAUAAGAAUUUUGUGCUUGCGUAGACCAUUUACACUCUUAACUAUGGUCCUGGAAAUUGAAAAGAAAGGAAAGGGAGAGAAGAUCAAAAGAUGAUGAGCGAAGAUAAAUAAAUGAAUGAAGGGGAGGGAAUGGAUAUUUUCUAAUUUCCUUCUUGAAAGGCUGUACUCUAGUCAUGAUGUAUUGUUGAAGAUGCAUUAAUACAUAAUAUGACAUUUUGAGUGAGAUAUAGUCACAUGCAGUCUUUAAUAAAAUAAUGUAACAAAGGAUUGUCCGUAUUAGUUCUUAAAAUAGUAGCAGUACCAUGUUUUAGAUCACUUGGAUAAAUGAAAAUACUCGAAAAACGAGGCAUAAUCUCACAGUUAAUAAGAAUUCUAACUCUAAACGAAAUACUUCAAGUGCUGGUACAAACUUCUGGCGGCAACUCCAGUGGUGCGUUUAAAUGUACUGAAAAUAGAAAUUAGGAAAAUAUGAUUUGAAUGAUUCAGUAAGCUCACCUCACUUCUUACAAAUUAUGAAAAGCAUAUUAUACACGAAAAUUACAUUAUAUAGCAGAAGUAGGUCUGUAUAUUUUAAACCGGGUGCUUAUAGUGCAAUAUGUAAAUCCAUAUAGGUGAACUACUGCUAAUAAAUUAUAGCAUAGUUAUUUCAAGAAAAUUGCACCAGAAUCUUGGAACAGAUCGUUUGACCUUAGAAAUAGAAUCAAAACGUCCCAUUUUGACUUCAGGGUUCAUACAAUCAUAAUGAUGAAUUUCUGGACCAAACUUGUCAAAGAAUGAUGAAAUUAUCCACCGGUUGUCUUCUGACUGAUAACGGUGUUUUUGAAAAACAAGUGUCCCUCAAAAUGUAGUCACCUUAGCUACGACCUCCUAAUAUGAACAGCGAUGCAACUGAGAACCAAACAGUGAAAGAGAAUAAGGGACGAACAUGUAACAGGGAGAUGUCACGGAUAAUAGCUUACUAUGCUUUAGAUAUUUCGCUCAACUUUUAUCCCUCAAGUGAUCUCCUAUGGGUGUUUUAAUUUGGUUCAGCAAAGCUCCUCAUAGUCUAAAACUCUUAAUUGGAGAGAUUUCAAGAGUGAUUGCUUAGAGCUCAUGUCAAACCAACGAUAAUAUUAGAUAGUGAAGUAUCCAACAAUCAUCUCAUUUCUCAUAAGGAUCUUAUUUCUUAAGAUAUCUUAAGUGUAGAAACUUUCUCUUGCAAUCACUUGCCAUCAUUUCUAGAGCGAGGUUAAUUGACUGACUUGCAACCUUUCUCUUGCAUUCACUUGCCAUCAUCUUCAUUUCCCUUUUUCUUAACUCUUGUGGUCAUUGUGAUGGAUUUUCUUCUCUUCUUUUUGUUCUGUUACCUCUGCUGGUGGCAGAGGUGCUUGGGUUCUGGUUCUUGUAAUUACUAUUGGUAGAAAUUCUGUGUUGAUUAGGAUAAGAUAACCUAGUUAGAUAUCUUUUCUUUUUUGUACUUGUUGAGGGUAGGAAACUUAAAACAGGAAGUAUCUGUAAAAGGCCUGCUUAUAAUUUGUAUCUACCACGAAGAUUUCUAACCUAGCUUGCUUUGGGUUGAUCAAUGAUAGGUUUGAUUUCGUUAUCAUCUUUGAAACAAACUUGUAAGAGCAGACGUGCACGUCCCAAUCAAUGAACUCUAGUAUUCAUAUUGGUGUCCUAGCAUACAUAAGUGGAAUACUUCAACCCAAACUACUAUAUGGGCUGACCUGGUCCAUACUAGAUAAUAACAUGACUCUAAUAACCCCCCUCAAUCUGGAACAUUUAUAUCAUAAGCUCUUAGCUUGUUACAUAGAAAUUCCACCCUAUGACCAUUUAGAGACUUGGUAAAGAUAUAACAAGUUGAUCCUUGGAGUUGACAUUCACUAUAGUGAUGAGUUGCGCUUGGAUCUUCUCUCUGAUGAAGUGACAAUCAACUUUAAUAUGUUUUGUCCUCUCAUGGAAUACAAGAUUAGAGCUAACAUGAAUCACUGUCUAGUAAUCACAGUUUAGUUCCAUAGGACUUGGAUGAGAAAAAACCUAAUUUUUCAAGAUGUUUGACCCACAUAAGUUCAUAUGUAGUGUUUGGUAGUGCCCUGUAUUCUGAUUUUGUACUUGAUCGUGAGAGUAGAGAUUACUUCUUAAUCUUCUAAGAAGCAAGAUUGUCACCAAGAAAAAUACAUUAGCCAAUUAUAGAUCAUCUAUUUAGACUGCAGCUUGCUCAGUCUACAUUUGAAAAGCCUUGAAUAGUGAGGUAAUUGUUAUUCUUGUUUAAUAGUUCUUUGCCUAGAUUUCUCUUGAGAUAUCUUAGAAUCCACAUAACUACAUCUAAGUGUCCCAUAUGUGGUCAUUCCAUUAAUUGACUCAUCACACGAGUAGCAAAAGAGAUGUCUAGCUGAAUGAUAGUCAAAUAAUUUAGUUUGCCAACUAGAUGCCUGUGUUUCUCUGUAUCCUUCAACAUUACCUUCAUCAAAUGAUAAUUUCAAAUUAGGGUCCAUGGGAGUGGUGCUUAGUCUUGUGGUUAACAUACUUGUUUUUCCUAGAAGAUCAAGAACAUACUUUCACUGAUUGAUUGUAAUUUCUUAUUUAGAUUGAGAAAGUCUCAAUCCCUGUCAAAUAUUUAAGAUUGCCAAGAUAUUUAGUUACAAAUUGUCCUUACAUGAAUUGCUUGAGUUUAAAAAUGCCUUGGUGAUCAUAAAAGAAUAUAAGACCAAGCUCUAAUACAGUACUACUAAAUUAAUUAGACCAAGCCCGUGGAGAUUGUUUCAGGCCAUAAAGAGAUUUUCUCAAGUGGCAUACCUAAUUAGACUCCCUAUGAGCAUCAAAAUUAAGUUGUUGCACCGAAUAAAUCUCCUCUUGUACGUCAUCAUGAAGACAUACAUUUUGGACAUCUAGCUAGUUUAGAGGUCAAGAGAACCUUAUAAUCAAUACCAAGAAGAUCCUUGUGAAGAAAUUUUGAUAAUUGGAGAGAAUGCCCCAGAAUAAUCUUCACUAUUUACUUGAGUGAAUCCUCUGACUACUAAAUGGGUCUUCAAUCUGUCCAUAGAGCCAUCUAAAUCAACUCUGAUAAUGAAAACCCAUUUUCAUCCCACUGCGGAUUCACAAACAACCGUGGAACUAGACACCAGGUACCAUUCUAUUGACGAGCAGUCAUCUCUUCCUCCAUGACUACAUACCACUCAAAAUGACCAAGGGUCACUGAAAUAUUCUUAGGAAAAGGUAAAUCUAAUAAGGUUGAGAUAAAGACAUAACAGGUUGGACACAAAUGAGUAUAAGAGACAAAAUUACCUACAAAGUACAAGAUUUCUUUGCCUUUCAUAGGGAAAAAGGUAGAUCCAAAUUACCUGAAGUAGAGGCAUUUUCAAAUAAGCCGUCAGAUGUAGAACUGAUUGGUUAUGUAUCAAGUACUUUGGUAACUAUUCGACAUGUCUAGGAGCUCUUUGUUGUGUGUAUACAUAUGUAAUAGGAGAUUGACUAACAAACUCAAUAUAACUAGAGGACUCAACAUGACUGUCAACUAUUAGAUCAAUAAUAGAAGUAUACUCAAUGAUAAUCAAUAGAGAUAAAGAUUCUUCCAAUGACACAAUUGGCCAAGACUCAUCCAAAAAAGGUGUAACCAAGAAUGUAACAUCAACAGAGACAACAUGCUAAUGAAGUGAUGAACUGUAAUACAUAUAUCGUUUCUGAAUGCAAGAAUAUCUUAAGAAGACCCACUUUAUGGAUUUGGGAUGAUUUAUAUCUUGAUCAACCCCAAGUUUGUGUACAAAUAGACACAUCCAGAAGGUGGAACAUUGUACAAUAGCUCUCUCGGAUAAAGGAUAUAAAGCAAUUUUGUUACCUAACACAAUAAAUGGCAUGCAGCUAAUCAAGUAGCUCUGAGUACAUCAUCUCCAUAGGAUUUUGUAAAAAUAUGCAUAUGUAGUAGAAGUGUGCGGAGAGUUUCAAUUCUUUCUUUCAGUGAUUCUAUUUUGCUAAGGAAUAUGAGGACAUGAUGAUUGAUUAAGUAUCCCAUGAUGGGUUAGGUAUUGAAAUAAAAGAAGAGCUGAAAUAUUCUUUUGGGUUAUGUAUUAUCAAAACGUAGCACAUAGAUGGUUUCUCAAAUUGAUUUUCAGUCUAAAACGAGCAAAAUAUAGAGAAUAACUUUGACAUGAUGAAGCAAACUUGAAAGAAAAGACACAUGCCCUAAUCAAUAUACCCUAGUAUUUAUACUAGGAUUCUAAUAUACAUAAGUGAACCACUUCAACCCAAACUACUAUAUGGGCUGACCAGGCCCAUAGUAGACAAUAACGUAACUGUGACAAUUUAUUGCUACGCUUGAACUAUAGAUGAAAGAGUGAUGAAUAAGCUUGGUGAUCUGUUGAUGUGGUGGUUAUUCAUAUAAUCGGAAGGAGUUGUUAAUUUUGAUUUUGAUACCCUUUUCUGCAAAAAAAUCUCCUCUUAAUCCUUUUCUCUAAAAGAGUUCCUUGGAAUAAUUUUUUUUCUGACAUCAGAAAUGUAUGAUUUGAUUCACAAUUGAACUCAUAUUCCGACUUGAAUAUUUUGAAAGUGACACCAAAUCUGGCUGACCAUACUACAACAAUUUAAUCUAAAUUUUCGAUUCUGGAGAGACAUACCUAUUUUCUAAGUACUUGAAUCCAACCUUAUUUUGAUCAGCUUGUCUCCCGAAGCAGUGAUUUUAUCAGUGGAUGAUUCUAGUUGACAUGAGAUGGAAUAAGAUGGAAAGAACUAAAUCACAGCUCCAGCAUCCUUAUUCAAUAUUUCUCAUUUAUUUUUUUCUCUGCUGUGCCAUAUGGUUUUGAUAAAAAAACUCACUAGUUUGAAUGUAGUGUUAAGAUAGUAAGUUAUUGCUCAUUUCGUGAAGACCAUCUUAUCUUUUGUUCUCUACUAAUCCAAAUAUUUAUCUAUUUCCGUAUUUUAUUAAUGGCAUUUGUGAUAUGGCAUGUAUUAAUCUUGAAGUAGAAUCUUUCCUAUUAUUUUGAUCAACUCUUAGACUCUUCUCAGAAACUUCUAUCAUUCUGUGAUUUCUUGCAGUUUGUUCAAACGGAUAUGGGAUCACAGGCGGAUCCUAAGGUUGUGAAUUCAUUAGGUGGCUUCAUCCCUAUGGAGACGGUUGUGAAUGGUAUGUUCAAUGAUAGUUUCGUUUGUAUAUUUUUAUUUGAAAACAUAGCCUGAUUAACUUCUAAUGUACACGUAUUGGUGUCAGAAAAUCAAGAAAGCAUCGUCAGACUUGUGUGUGACCAGUUUGCUGACAUCGUCAAAUCACCUAAAUUUUUUCUAGAGUUUGAUCUGGUUAAAGAUGUAAGGCUUAUGGUAGUGAUAUGACGACAGCUUAGUGGAAGAUUUAGGAGUCAUGUCACGAGAUAAUUUAGACUUGAUUUAACUUAAUAGAAGUUUGGACGGGUCAAAUUGUCUGCAUGUGAAAGAGGUUGUUUUGGCGACUGUUUGUCACAUUUUUCUAAAAAUUAAUGUAGAUAGGGAAAACAAAGAAAACGCUUAUAAUUGUAUUUCCAGCCACAAAGGAUGUAUGCCAACAGAAAAUUAACCAACGAAGUUUGCACAAUAAUUUGUUUCAUUUUCCUUCCACAAAAUAAUGCAGAUGAAAAACUAGGCACCCAAAACAAUGUUUGGAAAAGUCACCAUCUAUUUUUGACCAUACAGGUCCAAAAUCGAUGACAUAACAUUAAACGCGUCUAAUAAUACAAUGCAUAGUGCUUGUAAUUGGAUCCAGUCAAUCUGAAGGACAGGAAGAAGGAUCUGAUCCCCAUCAAAUUGAGAAAGACAAAACCAGAAAGUGCCAUCUGGCAAGUCAGCCAAUCUUACAUGGAUCCACUGAUUCCAAGUUAAAUCUAUUUCUUGACGAAGAAUAGGGAAGGUCACAACUGCACACCUGCUAGCAGAGGUAGAGAAAGAAGAAAAGCGAGGUCAAAGAAGAAUAUGGAAGAAAUAGGAAGAUAUCAGCUAACUACUGGCUCACGGCCUUUGAGUAUUGCUUUUUAAAAUUUCUUUAAAUUACACUGAAGAUAUCAUAUCCUUUAACGACAGACAAAACUUAGUCUUUUGUAUUAAAGUCUCAUGCUAUGCUUUCCUCGUAAAUUUUCUAACUAAAUCUAUACCUUUAAAUAAUAAUCGUAUCCUUUUUGCUCAAAUUAAGGCUUUCCCUUAUAUUUGGAUUUAUUUGCGUGUUAUUAAAAUUGAACCGGGCAUGAUCUACGUGGUCCGGUCUCUUAUAUUUGAAAUUGUCACUAUGGUGUAUAGGGUUCUGACGUCAAAAUUCUAAUAGUGAGAAAAAAUUAGAGUGAAACAAGACUAAUUGCAUAUAAUCAUAGCUUCCAUGUGAUUCUUGUUUUGUGUAAUUCAAAAAGUAUGAACUUCACAUUUUCUUAAAAUCAUAAAUUUAAAACAUAGCUGGGCUAAGGAUUGAGGAUUUCUGAUAAUCAAGUCGGAAUAUGCUUCAUGCUAUCUUAACAUGCUUUCUAACUUAAUUAAACUCAAACACAUUAAAUUGAAUAAAAAUAGUGAGUUUUGAUUUUUUUAUUUAAUUAUAUGCCAUGGUGUUUGCAAGUGAAUGAAUAUCAUGAUAAACGAGGGGAUUCACAGAGUCAGUUAUUCCACAUAUGGAUUACUUAAUCAAGCUGCAUGGUGUCACAUAUGAUCCAAAGUCUGUGCUUUAUUGUCAAAAAUUGUGUCAGUUAUAUCUUCAGAAUGUAGUAUGGUUAUACAGAAUUCUGAUCAUGUUUCUGUUGGUUUAAGAUCAAAGAGUUAAGUUGUGAGGGGCAUCUCUUGUUUAUCAAAACGUUUAUAAUUUUAGGUGCUUUUGAGCUUAUUAGAGAUGAGAGCAAGGCUGGUUCUUGCCUUUGGAUCACAAACCGUAGAGGCAUGGAAUAUUGGCCAACACCAAAUGAAGAGAAGAAGUACUUGGCGAAUCCAUUCAAAUCAAAAGGAAGUUACCCGUACAAUCUAACUUCGAAGAUAGAGAAACCUAACACCUUUGAGAAGAUGUAAGUUCAUAGUAAGGUUUCUGUCAGUUGUGAGCACUUUUUUCUUUCUACUUGCUUCUUUUCUAUAGUUUUUAGUUUAUAUCUUUUAUUUAUUCACAUCGAUCGCCAAGCUGGUAACAGUAUGGAUGGGCGCUGAUGAAGAUCCAUCAUAAUAUUGUUAAUCAGUGAUAGCCGAGAAAUGAGGAAAUGUCUUAAUUUCGUGAGCCCAAUAGAUUGACAUUUUGGCUCUCCUGGGAAAUCUUCUGCCCAUCUAUCAGGUAGUAGGUGGUAGAUUUAUUGGUUUUUUCAGGUACAAGCUUUUUCCUUUUCCAAAUGGCUUUGAUUUUAUCUGUCAUCAAACUGGUUUUUUUAGUAGCUGUCUUUCUUGUCGGAUUAUUUUUAGGAAAUCUUGUGAGACAUGUGUGAGCUGUAAAUAUCGAUUUAUGUUGACAUUAAUCCACUCAACACGGAAACUUAAUAGAUUGCAAUUAAACUGAAAAAAGUCCAUCUAUAGUAAAUGAACCCUCUCUUAAAUUUUCGUUUUGAUGAUAUUUUGGAUAUUCAGUAUGUCUAUUCUAGACACGACUUUUCCAAUAAAUAACAUGGGCAUAAUGCUGUUGGAGAGUGUUAUUUUACUUUUCUUCCCUUAAAUAUACUUAUUUAGAUGACGUAAAUUUUCAUCAAUUUUCUUCGUGAAUUGAGAUUUCUGAACGAUUGUGGAACAAAUACGCUCGGAUUUUCGUGAUGAUUCUGGGAUUUUUCAAGGUUGCACGCAUAUGCUUAGCAUCUUAGUUGUUAUAGUAACGCUUUAUGAAAUGUGGAUCAAGCUUGCAAGGUUCGCCAUCUGACUCUUGGCCAUCAACGCCGGAAUGUAAUCCUGGCUUCGAUCUGUACAUAAGAUAUGCACCUUUACCAGUAUGGUUCCCGUUGCCUGAAUAGUAAAUUAUUCUACAUGAAUAUAUGAAACAGUAAGUAUGUAGGAUAAGUUGAUUAUGGGGUUUCUUAAUAUUUUCUCAGUUUUCUGUUUAUGAUUUUUUUUUUUGGCUAUUAUUUGGAUGCUUAGUCACUAAAUUAUGAUAUUUUAAAAAUUCUGGUCUCUUAGUACAUUUGUGCUAUUCGUGAGUUGCCUUUCUGACAAAGUUUUUGCUUGCUUUGCUUGUUUCUGUUUUAGAGUCGUUCACACGUUUCAUCACAAUUUUCGAACCGCAACCAAAAUUGUCCGGGCAGAUUUGAAUUUACCCAUUAAGUCCGAUCAUGUUCUUGUCAAAAUAAUAUAUGCUGGUGUGAAUGCAAGUGAUGUAAGUGCCCGGUCCCUCUCCCACCUAAUUAUCAGUCCAAUCAGUAUGACUUCCCAAUUGAACUCUAUUGAUUAUUUUCUUGUUAAUAUUCUAUUCAGGUCAACUUUAGCUCAGGUCGUUAUUUUAGUGGUAAAAGUCCUCCGUUGGAUGCAGGAUUUGAGGUGAUGUAAAAUCCAAAUUCUUCCCAAUAAUAAGCACUCAAAAAGUUGAUUUACCGAUGUGCGCUCCUGAGAUAUUAUAUUUUGACGGUGUUAUGUAUGUUUUUAUGAUGAAUAUGGAUACAAUCAUUGCAAUGGUUAUGGGUUUCUCUUUUGCUUUAUUGAAUUAAUAUAGAAAAUUAACCCUAGAACGCAUUAGUAGAUCAUUCAAAAGGUUGAUCGUAUUUCCUUCGAAAUACUCAGUUUCCUUGUCAGAUUUUUUUUCUUCACCAGCUGAUUUUUGAUAAUUUUAGCAGCACUUGGAUAGGCCUGGUGGUACCUCUUACAUUUAAACCCAUGCAUCCAUGUGUGGUGGCUGUAGUCAUCAUUGAACAUGAUGGAGUAUUGUACCAUCUCAGAAAGAAAAAUGUGAAGCCCUUGAUAUCUGAUUGAACAAGUUUAAAUAAGGUGCUUUUUUCAUUUCUUUAGAAGGGAGAAUAUAGUCUUACAAUACUUGGAGGGUAAUCAGCCGAUUAGGAAAGCUAUAUCUUGGAUAAUUUUGUUAUGAGUACAAAAUUACCUAGGAGUAUAUUUUUUGGUGAAUCAAUAUAAUUUUGGCCAAUUUUAAAGGAUUUGUGUUAAUUGUGAAAUUUUAUUCAUAUGUAUAAGGAAAAAAUAUAGUAAUUUGAUGAAGAAUUACAUCUUGACUGCAAGUCUCAUCAAUGGAAGCUAAACGAGCAUUUACGGGUUAAAGGGAGUGAAACAGGGAAAUUCUUUUUAUGCAUGGUUUAUUUUUAUUCUUCUUCCUCAAGGAUGAAAGAUCUUUAGAGACCAUAAAAAAAUGUUCGAAAGAGAAUUUCAAUAUUAGUUCCUUGUUACAAUUUAGAGAUCAUGGAAACAGAGUUUCAUAAAAGGGUAUUCGAACAUCAAAAGGUAAUAAACAUCUUCCCAGUUACGCAUAUUAGACAGUUCAAAUAAAUUUCUAACUUACAGAGAUUAUAUCCAUAUCUUUAGUUACUGUUUCCUUUUGCAAAUAUUUCUUCUUUUAAAGGAGGGAACGAAAAUACUCAAGAUUCUCAUAAUUCUUGCAGAAGUACAUUAGGUUCAUUGGUCAAAUAACAUCUGUGGAUUUCCUUCAAUGAUAUGUUGCUCAAUGAAACCCAAUGCAGGGUGUUGGCUUAAUUGUAGCUGUGGGAGACUCGGUUGAGCACUUAAAAGUUGGAGCACCUGUGGCAGUUAUGGUAUACGGAAGCUACGCUGAAUUUAUGACGGUACAGAAUCUUCAUUAUAUUUGCUGUGAAAAUAUCAGUUUUUCCUGUCCACGUUAAUUUUCUCGUUUCAGUUUGAUUAAAAAGGUUUUUAUAUUCAGAAAAUAUUAAUUUUUAUUAAUUGCAAAGUUUAGGUCCCUUCGAGGCAUGUAAUACCUGUGGCCAGACCAGACCCUGCAGUUUUGGGCAUGCUUACUUCUGGACUUACUGCAUCUAUUGCCUUGGAGACGGUAAAUGUGAACAUGAAUUAUAUCUACUGCUAAUUAAAAGUUUUUCAGUUUGCCAUCCUUCAUGAUGUGGUCAAUACUGCAACAUUCCUGUUCUCCUGUAUGAAAAUGUUACUGCAUCCGACAGGUUUUUUCCUGUAUGAAAAUUACUUUGCAUCAUAUUAGUUUUUACUCUUUGGAAAGUAGUGUCCCUGCUUUAAGGUACGUUUAAUUUCAGGCAGGAAGAAUGAUAUCGGGAGAAGCUAUUCUUGUCACUGCAGCAGCAGGGGGAACUGGGCAGUUUGCUGUACAGGUCGAUUCAGGAACCGGUUGCUUCUGUCUUUGUUAAGCAUUUCCAUUGCACUCAUGUAUCUCUUUUCUUUAAGUCGUUGGCUUGAGUGUUUUGUAUAUAAUUAUUUUAUGCUGAAAAUAUUUGGUACAGGACCAGAGUCUCACGAUUUUUGAAUAGUUUGUUCUCAUCAGUGAGGUUAACUCUGUUAAAUAUUUCUGAAAUUUUGAGGCUUUAUGUUCGCUUUCCAUCUCUCCCUAAAAUAGGUAUUGAUAUAAGGUGUGUGGAUAUGAAUAGUUUUAUGUUAAUGUGAAGAUGUGAAUGCUUGAUGGUGAUGACAACAAGAAGGAAGCACAUCUAGUUUAGUCUUUCAUUUUUUUUAGUUCAUGACCAAGGUUUCUAAUCAUACUUUUAUCUUUUUCAGCUUGCGAAAUUGGCUGGAAAUAAAGUAGUUGCUACAUGUGGAGGUGAAAAGAAGGCUGUACUUCUGAAAUCCUUGGGUGUUGAUCGUGUCAUAGAUUAUAAAAAGGAGAACAUAAAAUCUGUAUGUCUGAAUCACUUUUUUUCUGCAGGUUUGAUUAUUUCUGUUUUUACGUUCCAGCUUAGAUGAGCUCGUUCUGUUAUGUGGCAAGUAAAAUUUCUGUGAGGACAUAUUUGUCGCAGGUUUUUGUUAUCUUCUUUUGUUCCUCUGUAUCAGGUCUUGAAGAAGGAAUUCCCAGAAGGAGUGAAUAUUAUCUAUGAAUCUGUUGGUGGAGAGAUGUUUAAUUUGUGUCUAAAUGCUCUGGCAACUUACGGACGUCUCGUCAUAAUUGGAAUGGUGUCUCAGGUUAUUAGUCAAUCCCAAGAUUCAUACCAAAGCUUCAUAAGAUUUGCCCAUCAUGUCAUUAGUGUGUAAUUUAUCUUUAUUUGAACUCGAUACAGGGGUUUUAAGCAUUUAUAUUUUCAUGAAAUGACUGCAUCAUAGCAUUUAUGUAAAAGAAAGGAAAUUAACCGUGUUAAAAGUUCAGAAAAGAAAUGUGUUAUUGAAUUGCUGAUUUGGCUUUUGUGUUUGGUAGUCAUAGUGGAGCAGGACUAGCAAUCGGGAUUUGCAUUAUCAAACCAUGUUUUUACGUGGUAUUAUAAUUUUUAACUCAAAUAUUGAAUCGGUGGGUGUAAUCAGGAUGAUUAAGAGGAUAAACAGGAAACAACGCAAUGCUGGAUAAUUGCAGUUAACUAAAAGUAGACUACUCCAGAAGAAUAGGUUAAUCAUAGUAUUAUAGUUCUACAUCAACUAUGGUGGAUACAAUACUUUUUUCUUAUCUUUAGAUGUGAAAAUAAAUAGCUGGAAAUCUAUAAUGGUGAUUUUAGCACAUACUUUCACAGAUUUACCUUAAUUAUAAGAGUGGAUGCUGCAGCCACAAACUGUACUUUUAAUUUUCAGGUCUACACCGAAAAUGUGUGAUAAUUUUGGCUUCAUAGCUUCUGAACUGGAUAGUAGUGGAUUGAUAAACAAUCAUGGAAAUUGUUCACGUCAGAUAUUUCAUUCAUAUCCAAAACGUUGACUUCAACAAUUAAUGAUGAAAAUGGCUUGUUCAAUUGAUCGCUUAAUGUUUUCUCCUUGAAUCAGUUCUGUUUUAAUUCGUAUUGACUCAAAUGAUAUUUUCCGAGCAACCUCAUUUAUUGCAUUUUUUUUGUCAGUAGUAUUUGGCGUAGUAAUACAUGUCUGAUAAGAUUCUAUCAUAUUCAUAACCAACAAGUCGAUUCCAGGGACAGAAUCUUGGAAUUUGCUUGUUUGAUCGAACUCUGAACACAUUAUAUUUGGAGUUUUGUUUUAGUAGUAUUGACCCGGGCGAAAUAUUUCAAAAAAAUAAAGCUUAAAGCUUUUAAUGUAUGGGUGGUCAGGAGUAAAACGUUCUGUUGAAGAAAUAGUUGCAAUAAUAUUUUUCAAACAUUUUUGUUGCGCUUUGGAUUGGAAUAUUGAAAUUCUUCAUGUAAGUUAUAAGGAUUUGAGUAGAGGUCUGUGUAAGCUUUGAGUUAGAACAACCACUUCAUCUUAUGUUUUCAGUAUCAAGGAGAGCACGGAUGGAAGCCAUUAAACUACCCUGGACUCUGUGAAAAGAUUCUUGCGAAAAGCCAAACUGUGGUAUGGAAUCCUUCACAACUUUUAUGCUACGAUUAACGACUGGAGGUGCCUUUAAUGGCUUCGUUUGUGCGUGACCACUCCUCUCCAAUGUUUUUGGUUCAUAUUACCACUCGGAGUUCACAUUCUUGAUGCUAUGAUCUGCCGUCAAUCCUUUAAUUUUUUUUUUAUAUUUCCAAUUUGAGAUUUUUUUUUAGUUCCUAUUUCGACCUCAGUUUCCUAUCCGGAAAGUAAUAACUAAAAUAAUGUUAUUUUUUCUGAAAUAAUGUGAUAGUGUUAUUUGUGCCAAGAUUAAGCCGACUAAAAAAACAAAAAAAAAUAAAUUAACAAUUUAUUUAUUUAUUUAUUUGGUGAAAUAAUGUUUUUUUAUAAUUCUUGUCGGGUGUGGAUAUCUUUCAGGCUGGUUUUUUUCUGCCACAUUAUGCUCACUUAUGGAAGGAACAUCUGGGCAGGCUCUUCGAUCUGUACUCUUCUGGGAAGCUCAAGGUAUCUAUUCCUCUCUCCGUAGAGAAAAGAAGGUCUAUGAUGAUAGAUUAAGUAUCAUUAAAAUCCGAUUUAAAAAACAGGGCUAAACCCACCUUUUUUAAUGUAUUGAUCAGGUUGCUGUGGAUCCGAAGAAGUUCUUGGGCCUGAGCUCAGUGGCCGACGCUGUUGAAUAUCUCCAUUCGGGUGAAAGCGUCGGCAAGGUGGGCCCUCCUCAAGAUCACGUUGACUUUUUUUUUUCUCUCGGAGAAGACUAAAUGGUAUCGAUGUUUUUCAGGUUGUCGUGUGCGUUGACCCAAAGUUUACUCAGCAAUCAGCGAAAUUAUGA